ACAGCCGGGGAAGUCGGGGCCCUGCGCGGGGCGGUGGCCGGGGCGCAGCCGGGGUGCAGCGGGGCUUCGCCCGGGGCUGUCGGGGUACGCAGUCCGGUCUCUCAGGGCUCGAUUUCCAACAAAGGACCGCAGGGCCGCCCGCCCCGGAGCACCUCCCCUGCCCCGGGAUCCGCCUCCCCCACUCGGGAAUCCGGGUCUGGGGUUCCCAUCCGGGUUCCGGGCGGGACCCCUCGACCUCUGCACGCAUCUGUGUUUCAGGUCUCACCCCGAGAGGCCAUGUCCCACGGUCCCAGGCAGCCAGGCGCUGCCACCGCGCCUGCGGGAGGCAAGGCUCCGGGCCAGCAUGGGGGCUUCGUGGUGGCUGUCAAACAGGAGCGUGGUGAGGGGCCCCGAGCUGGAGAUAAGGGGCCCCAGGAGGAGGAGCCUGUGAAGAAGAGAGGCUGGCCCAAAGGCAAGAAGCGCAAGAAGAUUCUCCCGAAUGGGCCCAAAGCCCCGGUCACCGGCUACGUCCGCUUCCUGAACGAGCGAAGGGAGCAGAUCCGCACUCGCCAUCCUGACCUGCCCUUUCCAGAAAUCACCAAGAUGCUGGGCGCCGAAUGGAGCAAGCUGCAGCCGGCAGAAAAGCAGAGAUACCUGGAUGAGGCGGAAAAGGAGAAACAGCAGUAUUUGAAGGAGCUGCGGGCAUACCAGCAGUCCGAGGCCUACAAGGUCUGCACAGAGAAGAUUCAGGAAAAGAGGAUAAAGAAAGAGGACUCCAGCUCUGGGUUCAUGAGCACACUCUUCAAUGGACACAAGGGUGUGGACUGCGAUGGCUUCUCCACCUUUGAUGUCCCCAUCUUCACUGAAGAGUUUUUAGACCAAAAUAAAGCGCGGGAGGCGGAGCUGCGGAGGCUGCGGAAGAUGAACGUGGCUUUCGAGGAGCAGAACGCGGUGCUGCAGCGCCACACGCAGAGCAUGAGCAGCGCGCGCGAGCGUCUGGAGCAGGAGUUGGCGCUGGAAGAGCGGCGCACGAUGGCGCUGCAGCAGCAACUACAGGCCGUGCGCCAGGCGCUCACCGCCAGCUUCGCCUCGCUGCCAGUGCCGGGCACCGGGGAGACGCCGACGCUCAGCACGCUGGACUUCUACAUGGCGCGGCUGCACGGAGCCAUCGAGCGGGACCCCGCGCAGCACGAGCGGCUUAUCGCGCGCGUCAAGGAGAUUCUGGCACGGGUGGCCAGGUGAAGCUGGGGGUCCCCAAUGGGGCCACGCCCAUGCUGCCCCUGUCAUUAAAUCUCAAGAGCACCCCUAUAGCUUCGCACCCCAGGUCGCAGAGCUCAGGAGACCCGCGCCUCCUGGGACUGCCACACUACGGAGGGACAGAAAUGGGGAGCGGGGCACACCCCUCACACUGUGGGAUCCCAGAUUGCUCACCACAGGGCUGGGGGACACAGGCUUGGGGGCAGGGUGACCUGUCACAGCCAGGGGAGACUGGGGUCCACCCCCCCAAGCUAUAUGGAAUUUUAAAAUAAAAAUUCUUGCUAUGGGA